GUUCAGGGUCUGAAAUGAUAUCAGAAAAAAAAAUGCCCGAGUGCUGAGCACACCGGGGGCUACGGAAUGAUUUGGAGACAAAUCCUGCAUUUUCAGCACGUAUCCGACAGGCAUCCCGUGCAGGGACAGAGAGCGGCACGAUAAAAAUCGGGAGUGAGGGAGGCCAAUAACAGAAGGGUAGCGGUCGAAGGCGGAACUGCACGCUGAGGUCGGAGUGACGAUCCCGGGGCGGAGCUGCACGAAGGGACCAUUCAAAGGCUGAGCGCCGUGCGCUUCCCCUUUAUCACCGCCACUCAACCGGACACCGCCGGGGAAGCUCGGGCUGAGGACGCAACAUGACGAGCAGCAAAUGCGAUGUGAUUGUCAUUGGUGGCGGCAUCUCAGGUACAGCCCAGGAAAGAGAGAACUGGAGUUCACAACCUUUUUUAUGCCAUGGACUCCGACCAUCAACUGAGGAAUCCAUGAUCCAAGGUCUUUCAGCAGCCAGAUUGCUGACAGAAUCUGGGCAGAAAGUGGUGGUACUGGAGGCCCGCGACAGGGUUGGAGGCAGGACCUUCACAACCAGAAAUAAAAAUGUAAACUACGUGGACCUAGGUGGAGCUUAUGUGGGUCCAACUCAAAAUCGAAUCCUACGUCUGUCAAAAGAAAUGGGCCUGGAAACCUAUAAAGUGAACGAGGUUGAGCGGUUAGUUCACUAUGUGAAGGGAAAAUCCUAUCCUUUCACGGGUCCAUUCCCACCUAUGUGGAAUCCACUUGCCUACAUGGAUUACAACAAUCUUUGGAGAACCCUGGAUAACAUGGGGAAGGAGAUACCAGUCGAAGCGCCCUGGAAAGCACCCCAGGCUGAACAGUGGGACAAAAUAACAAUGCAACAGUUGAUUGAUAAACUUUGCUGGACUAAGGUUGCCAAGCACUUUGCUACACUCUUUGUGAAUGUGAAUGUCACCUCUGAGCCACAUGAAGUCUCUGCUCUCUGGUUCCUGUGGUAUGUCAAACAGUGUGGAGGGACAACGCGCAUAUUUUCAACAACCAAUGGGGGACAGGAGAGAAAAUUUGUUGGUGGAUCUGGGCAGAUCUGUGAAAGAUUAAUGAACAGCCUUGGAGACUCUGUAAAGCUGGAGAAGCCUGUGAUCCGCAUUGAUCAAUCGCAAGACAAAGUGGUUGUGGAGACUCUCGAUCAUGAGUUAUUUGAGGCAAAAUAUGUUAUCAGUGCCAUUCCACCAGCCCUCAGUCUGAAGAUUCAUUAUGAACCACCCCUUCCGCCCAUGCGAAACCAGCUUGUCCAACGUGUUCCCAUGGGAUGUGUGAUCAAAUGCAUGGUAUACUACAAAGAUAACUUCUGGAGGAAGAAAAACUACUGUGGAAGCAUGAUCAUUCAAGAUGAGGAAUCUCCUAUUGGCCUUACACUGGACGACAGCAAACCAGACGGCUCAUUUCCUGCUAUCAUUGGGUUCAUCCUUGCUCGUAAAGCCCGGCAUCUGGUAAAUCUCACAAAGGAAGAGAGGCUACAAAAAAUCUGUGAGAUUUAUGCCAAGGUUCUUGAUUCUGAGGAGGCAUUACAUCCCGUCCAUUAUGAAGAGAAGAACUGGUGUGAAGAGCAGUACUCAGGUGGAUGUUACACUGCAUACUUCCCUCCAGGGAUUAUGACUCAGUACGGCAAGAUCCUGAGAGAGCCAUUUCAGAAGAUCUACUUUGCUGGCACCGAGACAGCCACUGAGUGGAGUGGGUACAUGGAAGGUGCAGUGCAGGCAGGGGAGAGAGCAGCCAGAGAGGUCUUGCAUGAGAUGGGAAAAAUUUCAGUAAAUGAGAUCUGGCAACCCGAGCCUGCUUCUUUGGAUGUUCCGGGAUUCCCAAUCAAGUCAACUUUCUGGGAGAGGAACCUGCCUUCAGUUUCAGGAUGCAUCAGGCUUUUUGGAUGGUCGACAUUCCUCACUUCUGCAGCUGCCAUUGGGCUUUUUGCAUAUAAAAAGGGACUCCUGACAAAAAAUUAACUUGGAGAUUCACGGAUCAUUUAUGGUUCACAUUCACUGUCAACAUUAUAUCAGCUGUGCUAAUCUUCUAAAAUAUCCUUGUUGUACUGAUCUAAUACAAUGAUUUAGUUUUCCAUUAGCCAACUCAGACAUAAUAAGGGUUAACAGAACAAUAUUGAUAAUGCAAAUCACUGAUCAUGCAUGUACUGUUUAUCUUUUGAUAUCACCUAAUUUUAUAUUUUAAAGCAAAUUUUAGAUUUUAGAAGUCUGUAUCUUUACUGGAAUGUAAUUCCUUAAUUACAUUCUUAGUUAAUAUUUUCAUUGUUUUAAUUCAUGUAUUUUGCCUCUAAUUCUGUUUACAGUCACCUGGUCUUAUCAGAGAAGUGGUUUCAAUAUUCAUUGAUUCAGAGACUUACAGAUACCAACAAUUAUCUUAUUAUCCAACUAUUUUAGACAGUGAUGACUUCUUAAAUUCUUAAAUUAUAUUUAAUGCCUCUGAAAUGUGUUGACAAAUACUCUAUCUAACUUGCAGCUUAAAAAUAGAAAUUAAUUUAGUGGGACAUAUUGCACAGGAAUUGUGUUCUUUCAACUUGAGGAAUUCUCUAUUUCAUCUGUGAAAAUUUGAUCAGCACAGUCAAUGGGCAGCUCAGGCAUCACUUCUAUUCACAAGUUCAAGGGAUUUGCAUAAAAAUAAUGGUUCAUAUUUUGUGUUAAUGGCAUAGAUUUGCAUUUGUAUUGAUUAAAGUAACACAGAAUGGCAUUUUAUAACAGCAGAAAAGGAUGAUACAGAUUUCAUUUAUAUUCAACAAGCAACCAAGUUUCUUAGCUCCACAUAUCGUUAAUCAAUAGUCAGCCUUUGUACAAAUUGUUAUGGAAUUGACAGCUUUAUGCUGAUAUCAUCCUGCACUUUUGAAACUUGAAAAUCAGAAGGGAAAUAUUGAAAGAUUUAAUUUUAAUUUCCUGAUCUGUAUUUGUGAAUUUUAAAAUCACCUUGGGACUUACAAUAUCCGUAUUUCAAAAUUUUAGUCUUUAUUUAGGGUACCUUGCAUUAAUGAAAAUAAAACUGAUACCAAAUUUAUCAACAAAAAUUCAGAUGUUGUGGUCCAUGUAGGGACCAAUGACGUGGGUAGGAUGAGUGAAGGGGUCCUGUGUAGGGAGUUCAGAGAGUUAGGUGCGAAGCUGAAGAGCAGGACCUCCAGGGUAACAAUCUUAGGAUUGCUACUUGUGCCACGUGCGAGUGAGGCAAGGAACAGAAGGAUUAUACAGAUUAAUACAUGGCUGAGAGGAUGGGGCAGGAGGGAGGGCUUCAGGUUUGUAGAUAAUUGGGCUUUGUUCCAAGGAAGAUGGGAUCUGUUCCGAAGGGACGGUUUACACCUGAACUGGUGCGGUACUAACAUUCUUGCAAGGAAGUUUGCUAGUGCUUCUUGGGGGGGGGGGGAGGGGUUUAAAUUAAAUUUGCAGGGGGCGGGGAUCCAGAAUGUGAGAGAGGAUAGCGAGAGGAAGAAUAAAGGACAAGUGGGGACUACACGGUUUCGGAAUAUUAAGUGUGUAGUAGAGAAAGGUGAGACGGAACAAGUGAUAAGGAGGACACAUGUACAGAGGGAUGGUCUGACGGAACAUGGAGUUAAAUGUGUUGAAAGAAUAAGUAAAUUUAGGAAGGACAACAAAAUUCUAGGGGCGUAUAGCCCAAUGGGAGUUCAGGGAGCUGGGUUAAGCACAGUAGGCAGCGAUUCAAACAGAGAGAGGAGAAAUGGGCUAAAAAUUCUAUAUCUGAAUUCACGAAGUGUCAGGAAAUCCUCUUGCAUUUGUACAGAGCCCUGGUGAGACCACACCUGGAUUAUUGUGUACAGUUUUGGUCUCCAGGGUUAAGGAAGGACAUCCUGGCUGUAGAGGAAGUGCAGCGUAGAUUCACGAGGUUAAUUCCUGGGAUGUCUGGACUGUCUUACGCAGAGAGGUUAGAGAGACUGGGCUUGUACACGCUGGAAUUAAGGAGAUUGAGAGGGGAUCUGAUUGAAACAUAUAAGAUUAUUAAGGGAUUGGACAAGAUAGAGGCAGGAAAUAUGUUCCAGAUGCUGGGAGAGUCCAGUACCAGAAGGCAUGGUUUGAGAAUAAGGGGUAAGUCAUUCAGGACAGAGUUAAGGAAAAACUUCUCCCAGAGAGUUGUGGGGGUCUGGAAUGCACUGCCUCGGAAGGUAGUGGAGGCCAAUUCUCUGGAUGCUUUCAAGAAGGAGCUAGAUAGGUAUCUUAUGGAUAGGGGAAUCAAGGGAUAUGGGGACAAGACAGGAAUCGGGUAUUGAUAGUUGUUGAUCAGCCAUGAUCUCAAAAUAGCGGUGCAGGUUCGAAGGGGCGAAUAGUCUACUUCUGUACCAAUUGUCUAUUGUCUAUAAAUACUUAGGUUCUGACAAAGUCCUAAGUUCAUCCCCUUUGGUGCAUUCACUUGUUAAGCAAAACUUUUACUCUGCCAACCUAUUAAUCAUUGGAAAUUGAGAUGUAAUAAUAAAUUAUGUUAAAAUUCUGGAUCUAGAUUUAUAAUACAGCAGUUUAUUUGAAGCAGUUAAUUUUAAAGAAGUUGCAUUAUAACCAAAUGUACGUGAUAAUGAGUCCAAAAUGUUAUGGUUACAUGUUAAACAUCAAUGUGAGUUCAGUGUAAUUGUGCUAAAGCAGAUAUGGAAAUACAGUGAUGGAUAGUGCAAAUUUGAGUAUCAGUGUCUGUGGCAAAAUAUAUUUGAACAUUCUACAGUGAUCUUGUCCCUUUUUCAGAGACUUUGUGAGUUUAGUCUUUGUGCCUUAUCCCGCGUGGUGUUUUCUCAAGUGCCUAUGUGGCUGUGUCUUCAGUGUGCACAUUUUCAAGCUGUAACGUUUGAAAGUUUUAUAAUAUUACCUGUAACAAUGUAUUUCUGCACUGGUACACAGAUUAUGUAAAAUUUGGUAUCACAUGUACUUGCACUGAUAAACAGGGCAGUGUUUUAUCUUAAUCACA